CCUUUUGAUCUAUCAAUACACGAGAGAGCGUGUCCAGAAGUGUCAUGGCAACUUCCUUGCACAAUKUCUGGCUUUUAGACGGAAUUUGUUUCAUCACCAAUUAAUGAAAGGGUGUUGUUGCAAUAGUCAAUGAAACGUCACUGAAGUUAACAAGCCUUGUACACAGGGCUUAACUAACUCUCCUGUAUAAAGAAGGUUACCGCCCGACAUUGUGACGACCAGYAAUAUACGGCAGAAAUUAGCAGUACACAAGGGUCAUGGUUUAGCGAUAUAAGACGUGUAACAUGAGCAACAGCAGAACCUCAAUGAGUAGUGACUGGAAUUGGAGGAUAAGGUCUGGAAUGAAUAAAGUCACAUCACUAACGACUACGAACGAAGAAUCCUUCAUGGUCUUUUCAAAGACAAAACCAAACAAUCUCGUUGUUAAUCCAGCUUUUGAACGAUUGGAUGAUGAUCAUCUUGAUGCAACAUAUAAUAGCGAAAGUAGAGGACAUAAACCUGACACCAACUGCGCGUUGGUCACAUAUCCUUCACCAAAACUCUCAAUACCUCAAAACCAUAGACUUASUCAAGGAUGGUUCGCCAAAAAUUCCAAGGAUCCUUACCAAGAUAUACUGCAAUUAAAACGUCGAAUGUGUGUGAUGGUUAGUACAGUUGGACUGCUUUCUAUUGGAUCGCUUAUAGUGACUGUUUUGCUUAUUUUCGGGAAGAUUACGGGGCGCUGCUGCGACGGAACGUUACAAGGAGCCCCGAGCACCCUCAAGCARUCAUCYACAGARGACAUUGACAAAACACUACGAGAACUGACAAGAAAUAUCAGCAAACUCCAGCAAGARCGAACAGAGGAAAAUGCACGGCGCUACGAAGAGAUUAAUCGACUGAAGAAUAGACUUGAAGAAACAGAAACAAAAUAUAAAGCACUUCAAGAUGAGAUGGAUAUCCUGACUCGAAAUCAUACCACAACAUCUCAAUCCUUAGCAAAAUGCUGUAGUGACACCAAAGAAAGUUUGUCUAAACUUGAUAAAAAGUUGAAUUCAACCACGCUUGAAGCUAAACUUACAGAGAAUGCAAUAUUAAACACACUUGGAAUGGUCAAUAGGUCAUUAAUCGAGCAGAUAGUCAAUGUCAGUAAACUUCAAGGACCAAUAGGCCCAUCAGGUCAUAAUGGUUCGCAAGGCCCUAUGGGACCUCAAGGUCCUCAAGGAAUUCAAGGACCACAGGGAACUCAAGGAUUUAAUGGCAGCCAGGGAUCACAAGGGAACCAGGGAAUCCAAGGUCCUCAGGGYCUUCCUGGUCCUCCUGGAAAUAGUGCCUCUGGAGGUGGUAACUUUAGYCUUUGUCAGUACAAGCAAGUAACAAGUACACCUGUGUCUUCAAGCAGUUUGGCACAAACAGAUGCUAUUUUAAGGGAACCGGAAGAUAAAAAAUUCUUUGGUGUAACUUGUUCUACUAACGCAGCACUUGAGUACAACUUUGAAGCUCCCAUUGAUGGCAGCGGCAAGCGUCUUUAUCGAUGUGUUUGCAAAGGAAAGUCGGCACAGUUUAUCUCAACUAAUGGACAAAUGUACUGCUAUCUUCAUUACUGGGAAUGUCCUCGCACAAGACGCUCAGCACUGCUGGCUGUUUGUUCAGUGCCGAAAUCAAAAAUGUCGAAAAUUCAAGUCAAGCCAAAGGAUGGAAAAGUGAAAGAGAAGACCAGCAAAAUGGCGAAAAAACCAAACUUUCUCCAGCAAGCGUUUAUGAAAAAUGAAAAGAAACAAGACCUUGAAACAAACACUUUGAAGCUAGAGGACGUUGGAGAGGAUAACAUAGGAAUGGAAGUACCAUGUAGGAAUGUUAAGGAUAUGAAAGAUACUUUAGACAAUGACAAGAACAAACUCAAGUCAUUUGACCAAAAUGAGAAUAACUCACUCGGUAAUAAAACAGGAAACGUUGGAGUGACUCGCCGUCAUAAGAAGAUUUCAUUGCAACUUCUUGUUUUGCCAGUUUUAAUCCUUCUCACAAUAUCAUCCUUGAUUUUGAAUGUGUUAGUGGUUCGAGGAGUCGUUGGGAAGAAAACUGAUUGCACUUGCAGCGUUACCGACAUCAACAAAGCAGUUGCAGGAAAAAUGGAGAGCAGUCCCCAAAAAGUUGAAGAAAUGGAAAAGAGCAUCAAAGAGCUAAAGUCUAUUGUGACCAAACUUCAAUCGCAAAACUUSUUGACAACAGACAAAUUAGAUUCAGCACUAGACAACAUGGAAGCGAACUUAGGAGUUAAAAUAACAAACAUUGACAAAAAGUUCAACAACCAGAAAUCGGCGGUACUUGACAUACAGAAUGAGAUAUCAGUUAUAAGAAAUUUAAGUUCCCAGGCUUUAAACAAAACAGGGGUUGCCGGACCAACAGGCCCACAAGGACCUCCUGGGAUCAAUGGAACUAAUGGAGUCCCUGGCCAAAAUGGUUCCAAAGGAGACAAAGGUUCUCAAGGUGUUCCUGGUUCGCCAGGUAGUAAUGGUCUUCCUGGUCCUCCUGGGGCAAUCAACUUGACAUUAUGYAGGUUUGCUACAAAGAAAAGUACCAAAGUAACUGCAGACGAUCUAGCCAAAACCGACGUAACAUUGGAUGAACCAGUGGAUCRAAGGAUUGUGGGAGUCACGUGUUCAUCUAACAAUGCUGCAAUCAUGUUGUUCUCAUCUGGAGUGACCAAAAACAGAAGAUUUUACAAAUGCGCAUGUGGUGGUAAAAAUACCAUUUUAAAUGSAGAUGYACUUAUGUACUGUUCCAUUAACUACUGGAGUUGUCCGCUGGCCACUUAGUUCAAUUUUCCGCCUAAAGAUAUACUUUAUUGUUAUUAUUAUUUUUUGUAUUAAAUGUUGCGAAGGAAAAGAUGACAGGGAAUUAAGACUAGUUCUUACAGGAACAUCAGGAACAUCUUGUACGCUGUCAUCUUUUCGUCCUUAAUUUAGUCAUUUCCUUUGAGAAAAUCGACUUAACAUUGUCUUACAAACGUAUGAGUUUCAAUUAUGACAAUAGGUUAUAUAGUGCUA